CCCAAUCCAGCCUCUUCCUAACCCUGCCGAAGAAACCCUAUUCUCUUUCUUCUACACUGUCGAUGCUCCGUCGUGGUGAGCUUGGACACAACGGAGGAGAGGGUUUGUUUAUUAAAUGCUCUCUCUCUUUCAAUCGCUCAUCGUCUCUUCUUAUUUCAUGUCUUCUUCAAUCGAUUCCAUUCUAUUCUCUGCUCGUUCAGGGUGGUUUCAAACCCUAGGUCUCUUUUUCGCUCUGAAUAUCUCCUUAAUACGCUUUGUUUCCUCCCUUUUUUAUCUUCCUCCGUCUCAUACGUCGAGGUCUCUGUGUUCUCGGUUUCGGUCUUGUGCAAAACAUGAGGGAUUCUAAGGUACUAGUAUUUGGAUCAUUCACUGAAGAUGAAACCAGGUCAUUGCUAAGUCAAUCUGCUGGGGCUGCAGAAAAGCAUUUGGGGAAGGAAAAAUUGCAGUUUGGUUCAUUGAAUGUUGCUACUGGAAGAUCUGUGGGCUCUAAUAAUGGUGCCGUGAGGAGGCAGCUUGGUUCUGCAGAUGGUCCCAUUAGUUUUGAAUCAUCAAAUUUUAUUCCAAAAGAUGAGAACAUUACAGAAAAAUCUAAAGAUUUUGUGCCAAACGUGUUGGAACAUCCAAAGGAAAAUGGAUGUGUUGUGAAGUACAAUGAGAACUCUAUCCUCUGUAAUGGGGUGAAAGAUCUUGAAAAAGAUGAUGUUGACUUUAGUUCAUUGCAUAUUUCUCAUGAUGAAGGUGGUCCCCUGCAUCCGUCCCCAAGUUUGAAAUUUCAUGUCCUUGACAGUGAAAUUUUGAAGAAUAGGGAUGGUUUAACAGCAUGCACGUCCAAAAAGAAUAGUGAGAAGGCUUUAAAUGGGCCUGUUGCAGUUGUUAGAAACAUAAUUCCUCGAGGCUUGAUCAACACAGGAAAUUUAUGUUUUCUCAAUUCAACUCUGCAGGCUCUUUUGUCUUGUUCUCCAUUUGUUCAGCUCUUACAGGAUCUCAGACUUUGGACCAUUCCCGAGGUUGGCUAUCCGACUUUAACGGCUUUUGCAGAAUUCAUGUCUGAUUUAGAUGUAUCUGGCAGUUCGAGCUUAAUGAAGAAAGACUCAACUGUUUUGGAGAUUGCUCGGCCGUCUAGCCCUUCUAUGUUUGAGGGGGUUCUUAGAAAUUUUACUCCAGAUGUGCCAAAUGGCAUUUCAGGCAGGCCAAGGCAGGAAGAUGCUCAAGAAUUUCUGAGUUUCAUUAUGGAUCAAAUGCAUGAUGAAUUACUUAAGCUUGGAGGGCAGGCCACUAGCUGCAAUGGAGUCAAAUCAUCUCUCGUGUCUUCUGCCGAAGAUGAUGAGUGGGAGACAGUUGGCCCAAAGAAUAAGUCAGCAGUGACAAGAACACAAAGCCUCAUUCCUUCAGUGCUAAGUGACAUUUUUGGUGGACAAUUGAGAAGUGUGGUGAAGGCAAGAGGAAACAAAGCUUCUGCUACUGUUCAACCAUUUCUACUGCUCCAUCUUGAUAUUUAUCAUGAAGCUGUUUGUACUAUUGAGGAUGCUCUACGUUUGUUUUCUGCACCAGAAAAUCUUGAGGGAUAUCGGACAUCUGCCACUGGAAAGGCUGGUGUAGUGAAUGCCAGAAAAUCCAUUAAGAUACAGAAGCUCUCAAAGAUAAUGAUACUGCAUCUUAUGCGUUUCGGUUAUGGAAGUCAAGGAAGUACAAAGCUGCAUAAGCCGGUGCGCUUUCCUCUUGAAUUAGUGCUGGGUCGGGAACUGCUUGUUUCCCCAUCUAAUGAGGGUCGAAAAUAUGAGCUUGUAGCCACCAUAACCCACCAUGGUAGAGAACCCUCAAAGGGACAUUAUACAGCAGAUGCUCGUCAUCACAGCGGACAGUGGCUACGAUUUGAUGAUGCAUCUGUCACUGCUAUUGGAACGAACAAGGUGCUGCAUGACCAAGCAUAUGUCCUUUUUUACAAACAAAUAUAGAUGGCAAAGAAGCUAGCUUUUAAUUUUAUCCAUUUGAAAGAAAAAAUUCUGUUUGCGUGUAUUUUAAUUGGCUUUUAGUAUACUGGGAUAGUGGUUCUGAUGCUCAUCUAAUGAAAAACCUUAACACUAAGGAGUUGACAAGGUGUGACUAUCUGAUUUCUAAACUCUUCAUGCUUGAUUUGUGAGGAUUACAUAAUUUAUGGGUUAGUUUGUAUUUGGUCUUUUGACUGGUUACUCAAUCAUGGGAUGUUUGUUUCCGA